AUGGAGAGUAACGGACUCUGGGCAAUUGUGCUCUGUGGUUUUACCAUAGUCUUUCCCUCUUUCCACACUGUGAAGUAUGAGUACCAGUUUGUCAACACUCUGAUGACUUGGUCUGAAGCUCAACAGUACUGCAGACUAUAUUACGAUGACCUGGCGACAUUCACCAGCAUGGAGGACAUACAGAGAGUCAAGAGACCGAGUGAAUACCUCCAUGCUUGGAUCGGACUCUUCAAUGACACUGUCUCAUGGAAAGGAAUUAUGGGUAAUGAGUCCUAUAAAUGGUCCUUCACAGGAGCCACCAGCCCCGCAUAUCGGAGCUGGGAGACAGGUUGGCCAGACUUUGAUACUGCAGAAACUUCAUGUGUGAUGACACAGAAUGGACUGUGGUCCGGGACCAACUGUUCCCUUGCUAUGCACACAGUUUGUUUCAGAGGUGCCCUGCAGCCAAGAUCAAAAAUAUUCACUUGGGUUAAGUCUAAUAAAGACUGGAUUACUGCACUGCAGUACUGCAGAGAGCGAUAUCUAGACCUUGCCGUCAUUGAAGAUGAGUCUGAAGUCACCAGAAUCUCAAACCUGAUUGGUCAAACGUUGGCGUGGAUCGGCCUGAUCAAACAGCCCCUCAGAUGGUCCGACAACACCAUCAGCUCCUUCAGAAAUUGGAUCAACGGAGGAGUGGAUAAGGAACAAAGCAUUAAGUACUGUGUCAUUGAGUCUUCAGCUACAGGGCAUCACUGGUCUGGUGCACCAUGUGAAGAGAAGCAUCACGCAAUCUGUGAACAAGGUAAUUCUGUGUAG